AUGGUCAGGAAAGUCUGUCUCGUGACUGUAGGGGCCACGGCGGCUUUUCCUGAGCUCGUGGCCGCAGUCGCCAAUGAGCAGUUCUUUAAGACGCUUGCUGAGAAGAACUUCACACAUCUCUACAUCCAAUAUGGAGCUCAUGGACGUCAUCAAUUUGACUCGUACUUGGCUGGUCAUCAGCCAGGCGACGGAUUAUUCCAUGGCAUCGACGUAAUUGGGUUUGACUUCGACAAGAAUCUGGGUUACCAUAUGGGCCUGGCCAUGGAGAAAAAGCCGGAUGGUAAGCCUCACCAGCACCAGGAGCUUGGUCUGAUGAUCACCCAUGCUGGUACCGGAUCAAUCCUUGAGGGCCUGCGCUGCGGUCUACCGCUUAUCAUUGUACCAAACCCAAAACUGGCCGAUAACCAUCAGGAAGAUCUGGCUAUUCAAAUGGAAUCCCUUGGAUAUGGCGUUAUGGCCCGGGCAGAGGAUGUUGUAUCGGCCAUCGACAAAGCCACUGAACAACGUGUAAAGAGGUUCUCUCCCAUGAAGAGCGAGAGCAAGGAAGAUGUGUUGUCUGCCUUGCAUGACCAACUCUCAUAUGUGGAUUAGGCAUU